GGAGCCCGGAGCGGGAGCAGCGGAGCGGCGGGGGCUCCGUGGCGCAUGGGUGGUGGUGCCAGCCCUGCCAUGGCCAUGUUGGUCUGUGGGACACUCCUGGGACUGGCCCUGUGUGCACUGAGCAGCACCACUUUCCUCUACCACGACUACUGUGUCAUCGGGGCUGGCCCCGCGGGCCUGCAGGCAGCCUAUUUCCUCCAGCAAGCCGGGCGGGACUACAUUGUCUUUGAGCGGAGCCAUGCACCUGGCAGCUUCUUCGCCCUCUACCCUCGCCACCGCAAGCUCAUCAGCAUCAACAAGCAGUACACGGGCAAAUCCAACAGAGAGUUCAAUCUCCGCCACGACUGGAAUUCACUCCUCAGCCAUGACAGGCGGCUGCUUUUCCGACACUACUCGCGUGACUUCUUCCCUCACGCUGACACGAUGGUGCGUUACCUGGAGGACUUUGCAUCCCUGCUGGAGCUGCGGGUUCAGUACAACACAGCCAUCAUCCACGUGACGCUGGAGAGAAACGAGCAGGCCUGGAAUGGCCACUACUUCCUCCUGACUGACCAGGACAGGAAGAACUACAAGUGCAGCUCUUUGUUGGUUGCCACUGGGACGUGGGUCCCCAAUGUGGUAAACUUCCCUGGCUCAGAAUAUGUUGAGGGUUACGAGACUGUGUCCAUCAACCCGGAGGAUUUUGCUGGCCAGACUGUGUUGAUUUUGGGACGCGGGAACUCAGCCUUUGAGACGGCAGAGAACAUUUUGGGGGUCACGAACUUCAUCCACAUGGUGAGCCGGUCCCGCGUGCGCCUCUCCUGGGCCACCCACUACGUCGGGGAUCUGAGAGCAAUUAACAAUGGACUGCUGGACACCUACCAGCUGAAAUCUCUGGAUGGGCUUCUGGAGGGCGACCUGGAAGAUCUGGCUAUUGUCAAGGACAAAAAAGGAAAGCUGCACAUCACACUCCGGUUCUACCUGGAGAAUGGGAACAUCAGCGCAGGCAUCGAUUCCAUCACCCUCCCGCAGGAUGAACUGGACAAUUUUGCCACCCGGGCACCUUACGACCGUGUCAUCCGCUGCCUGGGCUGGAAGUUUGACUUCUCCAUCUAUAACAGAUCCCUUAGAAUGAUACCAGGAAAAGGGAAUAUUAAAAAGUAUCCUCAGAUCAAACCCAGCUAUGAGUCCAGAGGCACUCGGGGGCUUUUUGUUCUCGGCACUGCUAGCCAUUCUGUUGACUUCAGGAAAUCUGCUGGGGGCUUCAUCCAUGGAUUCCGGUAUACAACUCGCGCGGUCCAUCGCCUAUUGGAAAACCGUCACCAUGGUGUCCCCUGGCCAUCCACAGUCUACCCUAUUACACAGCUGACCAAUUCCAUCAUCAAGCGGGUGAACGAGGCCUCAGGCCUCUACCAGAUGUUCAGUGUCCUAGCUGACAUCAUACUGCUGAGAGAGAAUGCCACAGCAUUUGAAUACCUGGAAGAGUACCCCACUGGAGUCCUAGCCGAGCUGGAAAUGCAGACUGGGAGAAAGGCUCCCAAUGGGCUCUUUGUCAUCAUCAUGGAGUAUGGGAGGAAUUUUUCUGGGGCUGACAAGGAUGUCUUCUACUACAACCGUGCCGUGGGAGAAGCACAGCAUGCCUGGCAGUCCAACUUUCUACACCCUGUUAUUUACUAUUACAAACGCCUCCCAACAGAGCGUGAGAUGAAACUCCGGCCGCCAGAGUGGCCUCUCCCUCGUCCAGAUGCCAUCCAUCACAUUGUGGAGGACUUUCUGACAGACUGGACAGCCCCAAAUGCUCACAUCCUGCCACUCAGGCGCUUUUUGGAGAACUGCCUCAGCACCGACCUGCGCAGUUUCUUUGCAGAGUCCUGUUUCCUGUUUGCCUUCACCCAUCAGAAGCUGCCCCCCUUCUGCCAGCAGGGAUACGUGAGGAUGCAGGGGCUCAUGGGCAGCGAGGGGCUCCGGCGCCACGCGGUGCAAGCUGGACUACUGCAGGAUUACACUCUCACAGACUUUUCAGGUGACAGACCCCCUGACAGCCACGACAGGUCAAGGGACCAGUUGCUGAGAGAUCAAGUCAUUCCAAUUCGUCCACUGCAACAUCUUGUCAAGGCCAAGGAUGAGCUUUAACCUUUCUUGCUCUACACUGAAACCUAGAGCUGUUGUGACAGUACUGUAACAGAGAUCCACAGCAGGAUUCUGCCCUUUUCCUGUGCCCUUUUUCCAUCCUCAUGCCUUCCCCUAAUCAUGAGUUGCCAAAGACCUGCUCAGAUCUUGCUGUUAUGAAGAGGACCAACAUCUUUUGAAGAAUGAGCAACGGGCCAAAAUCCAGUGAUGCUGAGGCUCCCUCAUUGUCCUUGCAGAGCUCAGAGUUGCCUGAAAGUGGUGUUUCUGUUUAUCUGACUGACCAGUAUCUGCAGUGACGUACAGAGGUCACAGAAGAGAGUUCAGGAACACCUGGGAAACUUAAAAUGUCACAUUCCCCUUUAGAGGUGACCUGCUUGCACCCUGUGGAGCCUGGUGCAGGUUCUCUGGUCCCUGGAUGCUAUACACUGUGUAUACUUGAAGAUUUGUUCCUGCAUCGGGUCCCGAAGUGGUACUCUGGGCAAACUUCCAGUAUUUUUCUUGCAUUUGUUAGGGCAGUUGUGUAGCUUCAGUGGGAGGGGUGUUUUUUAGUUACCAUAUAGGUCAGAUAAUUUGUCAUUUCCCAGAGAGCACUACAAGGGACCCUUCCCUCCACAGUGGAUGAGUAGCUUGCCUGGAAUGCCUGGGACACAGAGACUGACACUGACUUCAGCUACGCUGCCCUCAUGUUUUUCUUCUCCCACACCAGGCAGCCUGGAAGGUUAGCCCUUUGUCUUUUAUAAAGCAUGACCAAUAUUUCUGCUGUUUGCACUAUGUCCCAUCAAGAAAGUUUGACGAGAUGGAAGAGCA